AAAAUUUGGUGUCGCCAUAAAAAAAUUUGGUGUCGCCCAAACUUCAACAGAAGAAUUGGCUUCUCAAAACCUAAGAACUCAUCUUCAUUUUCAGUCCAUUUACAGCAGAAAAUCCAUAAAAGAAAAACCCACCUUCAUUCUAAGUUCUGUUGAUUAAGAAGAAGAAGAAGAAGAAGGAUGGGUGUUGAAGGUCAAGAUUUUUCUCCAUUGAUGGGAAGCUCUUCUUCCUCAUUACCAGAUCAUCACGGGGCUCCCAAACGAACUGGGACAAUAUGGACAGCAACGGCACAUAUAAUAACAGGGGUGAUAGGAGCAGGAGUGCUGUCUCUGGCAUGGUGCAUAGCGCAGGUGGGUUGGCUCGCCGGUCCGGCUUUGUUGUUGGUUUUUGCUGCUGUCACUCUUGUUUCUGCAUUCCUCUUGUCGGACUGCUCCAAUUACCCGGAUCCCAAUCUCGGAUCCACCCGAAUUAAAUCCUACACUCAAGCCGUCAACCUCUUUCUAGGAGAUAAAUUUGGAAAGGUGUGUUUGGUACUUGUAGAUGAGGGCUUGUAUGGCUGUUGCAUUGCUUACACCAUUACUGCUUCUACAAGCCUAAGAGCAAUUCAAAGGGCCAAUUGCUACCACAGAGAAGGCCAUCAGGCUCCAUGUGUUUAUGGAAGCACCGUUUAUAUGGUGGUGUUUGGACUUAUUCAGGUUGUGAUGUCACAGAUUCCUGAUCUCCAUAACAUGCAGUGGGUAUCAGUUAUUGCAGCAAUCAUGUCUUUUGCGUACUCCUUCGUUGGACUUGGACUUGCCUUUGCACAAGUUCUAAUAAAUGGAAGAAUUAAGGGGAGCAUAACUGGAGUUCCGGCUUCUUCUACCGCAAACAAAUUGUGGUUAAUAUUCCAAGCACUUGGGAAUAUUGCUUUUGCCUAUGCAUAUUCAAUUAUUCUUCUAGAGAUACAGGAUACUCUGAAAUCUACUCCACCAGAAAACAAAGUCAUGAAGAAGGCUUCAGUGCUUGCAAUCUUUAUUACCACCUUCUUUUACCUAUGCUGCGGAUGCUUUGGAUAUGCAGCUUUCGGCAGCCUUACGCCUGGGAAUAUCUUGAGUGGAUUCGGAUUCUACGAGCCUUACUGGCUUAUUGACUUCGCUAACAUAUGCAUCGUGGUUCAUUUGAUUGGAGGAUAUCAGAUUUAUAGUCAGCCAGUAUUUGCAUCAAUAGAAAGAUGGGCUGUAAAGAAAUUUCCGGAAAGCGGAUUUGUGAACAAGUUCUAUUGCAUCAAGCACCCGUGGUUACCAUCUUUUCAGACGAACCUCUUCAACCUAUGCUUUCGGACCAUCUACGUUGCCUCGACAACUGCACUUGCAAUGGUCUUUCCUUACUUCAAUCAAGUUUUGGGAGUGUUGGGAGCUUUGAACUUUUGGCCUUUAGCUAUAUAUUUCCCAGUGGAGAUGUACUUGGUGCAGAACAAGAUUGCACCUUGGACAAGAAAAUGGAUUGUUCUUAAAAUAUUUAGUUGUAUUUGUUUGAUUAUAACCCUACUAUGUUUAAUUGGGUCGGUUCAAGGGUUUAUAAGUGUCAAAUUUAGAUAAGAAUAUUAUCUUUUUUUUUUCUUCUAAUUUCGUAGUUGGUUAAUAGAUAAAUCAGUAAAAAACGCGGAGAAUGUGUAUAUACAUUAACUAGAACUUUUGUAUGCAAGAUUUACUCCAA